AUGAGCAGUGUUUACAAACGAGACGGUCGCCGCGAAAAAGUUGCCUUUGACAAAAUCACCGCACGGAUAAACAAGCUGUGUUAUGGACUUGAUAAUGUUCACGUCGAGCCCAUCGAGAUAACCAAGAAAGUCAUCAAUGGGGUGUUCAAUGGAGUCACGACCGUUGAACUGGAUAAUCUGGCAGCAGAAACCGCUGCCUAUAUGACCACCCGUCAUCCGGAUUAUGCCGUCCUAGCCGCACGGAUCGCAAUCAGUAAUCUUCACAAAGAAACCAAGAAGCUCUUCAGUCAAGUCAUCGAAGACCUUUACACUUAUGUAAACCCGAUCAAUGGUCGACCCUCUUCUAUGAUAUCCCAAGAAACUUACGAAGCUGUCCAGGCUAAUGCCGAAGCACUCAACAGUGCAGUGAUCUAUGACCGCGACUUUAACUACAACUAUUUCGGAUUCAAGACUCUUGAACGAUCGUACCUCCUUCGGAUCAAAGGCAAAGUUGCCGAACGACCCCAGCACAUGCUUAUGAGAGUGGCAGUUGGUAUUCAUGGUAUGGAUGUCGAAAAGGCAAUCAGAACAUACAACUUGAUGUCUGAGAAAUACUUCACACAUGCAUCACCGACACUUUUCAAUGCCGGAACGCCGCAUCCACAACUCUCGUCUUGUUUCUUGGUCGCCAGCAAGUCCGAUUCGAUUGACGGGAUUUAUGAUACCUUGAAGACCUGUGCCAUGAUCUCCAAGAGUGCGGGCGGAAUCGGACUUCACAUCAACAACAUCCGGGCCACUGGUAGUUAUAUCUCUGGUACCAAUGGAUACUCCAACGGGAUUGUGCCUAUGCUUCGAGUGUUCAACAAUACGGCGCGAUAUGUCGAUCAAGGUGGUAACAAGAGACCCGGUGCCUUUGCAAUCUACCUUGAGCCAUGGCACGCGGAUGUGUUUGACUGGUUGGAUCUGAGGAAAAAUCACGGAAAGGAAGAAAGUCGAGCUCGUGACCUUUUCUAUGCACUUUGGAUCCCUGAUCUCUUCAUGUCUCGAGUGGAAAAAAACCAAGAUUGGCCGUUGUUCUGUCCUGCCGAAGCUCCUGGCUUGGCAGAUGUUUAUGGCGAAGAGUUCGAAGCGCUUUUCGCAAAGUACGAGAAAGAAAACCGAGCUAAGAAGACGGUCAAAGCCCAAAAGCUGUGGUACGCGAUUUUGGAAGCUCAAACAGAGACCGGCAACCCUUUCAUGUUAUACAAAGAUGCGGCCAAUAAAAAAUCUAACCAAAAGAACCUUGGAACGAUCAAAUCCUCCAAUCUUUGUACCGAGAUUAUCGAAUACUCCGCCCCGGACGAAGUGGCUGUUUGUAAUUUAGCCUCGAUCGCCUUACCCACUUAUAUCGUUGAUGGCAAAUACGAUUUCAACAAGCUUCACGAGGUCACAAAGGAGGUAACUUACAAUCUAAACAAAAUCAUCGAUGUCAAUUACUAUCCGGUACCGGAGGCGAAGAAGUCAAACAUGAGACACCGUCCGAUUGGUAUUGGGGUACAAGGACUUGCGGAUGCCUUCCAAAUUCUUAAGCUACCAUUCGAGUCACCAGAAGCCAAGAAACUCAAUACUCAAAUUUUCGAAACUCUCUAUCAUGCUUCCUUGGAGGCCUCCAACGAGUUGGCAAUCAAAGAGGGACCUUAUGAGACCUUCCCUGGCUCACCUGCAAGUCAAGGUAUCCUUCAAUUUGACAUGUGGAACGUAAAGCCUUCGGAUUUGUGGGAAUGGGAUAGCUUGAAAGAAAAGGUCAAAACCACUGGUAUAAGGAAUUCACUUUUACUCGCCCCUAUGCCCACCGCCUCGACAAGUCAGAUUCUUGGCUUCAACGAGUGUUUUGAACCAUACACCUCGAAUAUCUACACAAGGCGAGUGUUGGCCGGAGAGUUCCAGAUCGUCAACCCAUGGUUACUCAAAGAGCUCGUUGAGAUGGGACUGUGGGACGACGAAAUGAAAAACAGGAUCAUCGCUCAUCAAGGUUCGAUCCAAAACAUCCCCAACAUUCCCACCGAGAUGAAGGCUGUGUACAAGACCGUUUGGGAAAUCAGCCAAAAAAUUAUUCUUGACAUGGCUGCUGACCGUGGGGCGUUCAUCGACCAAUCUCAGUCGCUCAAUAUCCAUCUGCAAGCUCCAACCUUUGGACAACUAACAUCAAUGCAUUUCUAUGCGUGGAAGAAAGGGUUGAAGACGGGGAUGUACUAUCUUCGAACGCGAGCAGCUGCGAACGCCAUCCAAUUCACGGUGGACAAGAAGCUGCAGGAUGAAGCCAAGGCGGCGAACAAGGCGGCGACGCUUGUCAGCUCGAGUGCGACGCUGCUUGUGCCCUCAUCGGCACCGUCGAACAAGGGCUUCACCAAACCCUUGAACGACAUCUCGAACACUAAGCCCCCGUCCUCUGUCUCGACCGACGGCCCGCCCAGCUCGGUCGCCUCUAGAUCCGCAGGCGCGCCCUCCCCCACCACAGCUAGCUCCAACAAAUCAUCAACCGAGGAGGCCCCCCUGAGCUUCGAGGAAGCUAAGAAAAGGGCCGAGGAAAGAGAGUUGGAACAGGCGCAAUUGCUGUGCUCGUUAGAGAACCCCGGCGCUUGUGCGAUGUGUAGUGGAUAGAACAAGCUCCUCAAGUCUCUUGCUUAUAACCAAAUUUAUCAUUGGUUUGAUUUCUUCUUCUUUUUUUAUAUUUGGAUAAGAAGCUACGAUGUACACUUUGAUUAUUCCUGACAACCCUCCUUCUCAUCUUCCUACCAGUUUUCCUUUUGUUAUGUUUUUGUUUUUCCCUUAUAAACUCCAGUUAAUGUUCAGAUCCCCUCUCGAUUAUUAUUUCUGGUGACCAGUACUAGUUUGAACCACAUACAUGCUUUUCAUUUCCUUUCAAUUUCUUUUCUUCUGAAUAUUAUAGUCGUGUCCUUUUUUUUUUCUUCUUAUGUAAUAACAAGAAUCUUCUUUUUUUUUUCAAGCCCCCCCCCGCUUUCUUAUAAACUACAUCACUUCUCAGUCAGGUCUUGAUCGGGUUCUUCCUUCUUGGUGGACUUUGUUGGUGUAUGUUUAUAGUGCAUGUGUGUGUGUAGAAUGAUUAUAGAGGAAAAUGAUGAGGGAU